GGCGUGGCCUGCUCCAGCAGCGCUCCGAUGGCGGUGAGCCGGGCUCUCGGCCUCCGCUUGGCCUACGCGGCUGCCGGGGCCCUCACGGGGCUCUCGGUGUUCCUGAGCUGGAGCCUGGCUCCGGGCCUGCGGCAGCCCGCAACGGCGGCGGCCGGGGGGCUCUCGGGUGUUCUGGCGCUCUGGGCCCUGAUCACGCAUGUGAUGUAUGUGCAGGAUUACUGGAGGACCUGGUUAAAAGGGCUGAGGUUCUUCCUCUUCAUCGGGAUCCUCUUCUCAGCUCUCUCCGUGGUGGGGUGCUGCACCUUCCUCGCUCUGGCCAUCACCAAGCAGCAGUCCCUGACUGAUGCCAAGAGCUACUACCUGUCCUCUGUGUGGAGUUUCAUGGCCUUGAAAUGGGCCUUCCUGCUCAGUUUGUACGCCCACCGCUACCGCAACGAGUUUGCAGACAUCAGUAUCCUCAGUGACUUCUAACACUUGGACUUCCAAACCUUGUCUGAAGGUGCU